AUGCAUUCCGGCGUAGAAAGGAGUGGAGAUGAAGAUGCAGGAAGCAGGUUUACUAAAAUUCUCCUCCCCGAGAGAGACCUAGCCCUCAACUGGACCAUCGACGUGGCUAGCGUAUUAGGCGAAUACCUGAACGAGCUGCAAGGCGCAGCAGGCUCGCUGCAGGACGGUGCCUCCCUGAACUUCGUGGAAGCCGCGCUCGUCGUGCAAGGUUCGGCAGGAAUCUACAGUCGCAAGACGGACUACUUGCACAGCCUCGUGCUGCACACGUUGACUGCACUCGCAACCGGGGACACGAACGGCAGCAACGACGGGGAGGAAUCCGGCGACGCGCAAGGUGAUGGCGGCGACGGCGAUGACUGCGACAUGCGUCGGUUCCUAUCGCUGGAUGACGUGGAAGUGGUUGGGACCGGCUCAGAACCGUCGCGGUUGGAUAUGCGAGUAAAGGACCAGAAGAAAACAACAGACGAUGACGGUGACGACGAAGACGAGGGGGGGCUGGCAGGAGGAGCAGCGCGGCAGGGGUCGAAGCUGCCGCCGCGCGCGCCCCCCAUACUGCUGACAGUAGAGGAGGAGCUGGAUGGGGGGAAGGGGUUCAGCACUGUGCCUUUUUCGGAGCUCUCCGCCUUCAAGGUAUCACGGAUGGCCGCUUUCGUCAGCCACGUGUCGGGGUCUGUUUUCCUGGAGGCGCAAGACGGGGACGUCAUGGAUGCGCUUCUGCGCCUUCCGCGGCGUCGCGCCGCGCACGUCCGCGCAGCCGCGGGCGCUGGCUCCCCCGCCUUCACCUUCCCCGAGCCGGGUCUCUUCCCGGACUGCACGCCCCCGUUUCCGCGCAACGGGUGGAGUUCGUCGCCCUACGCAGACAGAGGGGCGGCUGUGGCGGAAGACAUGGGGGGAGCGGGAUGCGCGCAGUGGGGGGAGGGGGCUGCGCGGCAGAGCGAAUGGCAGGCGCCGGAAGGCAUGGGGGGGAUGGGUUCGGGGGAUGAUGACGAUGAGGAUGGGAUGGGGACGGCAGGCGGGUUUGAUUGCGGGGAUUGGGGGGAGCCAGCCGCGGGAAGCGGAGAUGCGCAUGGGUCGCACGCGGGGGAGUGGAGCGGAGGAGCCGGAAGUGGCGGCGGGGGGGUUGUACCUGGGAGUGCGCAGAACAAAUCGGGAUCGAAAGGAGGCAGUGGGAAGGGCAGCGGUAAGGGGAGUGCGAGCGGGAGGGGCGGAGGGCAGGGGGAGGCGGCGGUGGAGUAUGACCCGUUCGCCCCGCUUGAUCCAGAUGACGCAGGCUGCAUCCCGCUCAGGCCGUUAAGGAAAGGCCGGCCCUACCUGCGCGCCAAGCGCAGAACCGACGGCGGUGAUUUGUCCAGCAGUCUGAGCGAUCCGGGCGUGUGGCUGUCGUUCCCCCUACUGGCGGGCAAGGGCCGCGGCAUGAUAUUCCCAGACAUAGAGAGCAUCAUGCAGCGUGCGGUGAUGCGCGAAAGCAAGAGGCAACGAAGCGGGGUUCCAGGCGGGAGCUUCGAUGGUGGAGGGUCGCAAAAGGCAGGCAGUGCUCUAGAGCCCCCAACAGGCAACGUAUUCGCGGACCUAGACGACGGGGAACACGCCCACGGCUCCCACGCAUCCGCGCACGGGGACGCACACGCGGGCGCUGAUAGGCUUGGGGCGCCGGGAUUCGGAUUUGACGGGAUGGAUAUAGAGGACGAUGAUGACGGUGCCGCGGGGAUGGAUGGCGCGGGCAGCGAUGGGGAGGGAGGGGAGGGUGAGCGGAUGGGCGUGGAGCGGCCUAGAUCCACAGGACCGUCUGGUGCUGACUCACUGCCAGGCAUGGACUGGGAGGCGAACGUCCUGCAACCCGACGCACCCCAUCCAGAGGACCCCUCAGCACCGCAUGUGGCAACAGUGGAAGCCAUGCGAGACGCCCAUGUGGCGGAGAUGAUACAGAGGGCAGCGGAAAUGCAGGCGCGGAGGUCAGAGGUGGAGACGAGGGUCGGGGACUGGCAGGCUCGCAUUCUGCCGCUUCUUGAACAACCGGACGAGCGGCCACCAUUCGACAUCCACGUUUAUGGGGACCGGAUUCUUUCAGCCUUGGAGCAGAAACACAUGCAGCAGGAGCUGCAGCGGCAGCAGGAGCAGCAGGAGAUGGGUGAAAUGGAGGGCGCUGGGCAAGGAGAUGAAGGGCGGCAGCAGCAGCAGUUGUGUGAGGACCUGUUUGAGAACGUGAUCAACACUCCACAUGAAUAUGAGGUCCCGCGAUACUUCUCCGCAUUGCUGCAGCUGGUCAACAAUGGCAAUCGUCCAGUAGCCUCACCUCCACCGCUCCCUCUUCCUCUGCACCGCGCUGCUAUUCCCGUGGGUCAUCUUUCUCCGUGCGUCUACAUUCGCUGA